AUGGGUAAAUUUACCUUCGUCGCCGUGAUUGUGAUGAUGGCACUCGCUGCAAGACUCCACGCAGCCGAAGAUUUUGAAUCCGUGUGGCAGGCAUAUCUGUCCGAACAUGAAGUACGGAAAUCCAUUUUCAACGAAACGCACGCCAGGACCAAGAAGCACAACUCUAAAAAGGGCGUCACUUUCCAAAUGGGCCACAUCGCCUUCUCAGUUUUGACCUCAGAAGAGAAGAAACGUCAUUUGGGCGCUCUUAAACCUGUCCGUCCUAACAGUGUGGUUCGCGGAGUUGCUAGACAAGCCCUGCCCUGUUCGAUUGACUACCGAACUGAUUCGUGCUUGCCUCCUGUCGAAUCGAUCGUCCUGAGGGACCAAGGCGGAUGUGGAAGCUCUUGGGCUCACUCCGCCACUGCUGUGGUUGAAUUUGGCAAAUGUAAGAAGUGCGAUGGAACUGCCCUCGAUCUAAGGUUGAUAGUCGAUUGCAGCCGUGAGGAAGGCUGCUCCGGUGGAUGGGAACAAGAAGCUUGGCAAUAUUUGGCGUCCAACGGCGGCCAAACUGACGACAGUUCCUACCCUUACACAACUGAAACUAGAACAUGCGUUUUCAUUCCUUCGGAUAUGUCGAUCGGAGCUGAAAUUUCUUCCUCUGAUCCUGUGGAAUGGGUCGCUUGGCAAGAUCCUACUGCCAUGAUGACUGUUUUGGCUGGCGGAAGGAUCAUUUCCAUCUUUAUGCAACUGCCGGAAAGCUUCUUCAGUUACGAAAAAUACCUGCUGGAUGCAUUUUUUUUGUCAAGAUCUUAUGCUCACGCCAUGAACGUCGUUGGUUACGGCACAUUGGAUCAAAACGAUUAUUGGGUCGUUCGUUAUUCGUGGAGCGAAGGAUGGGAAGCCGCCGGAUACGUUCUCGUUCGCAGAAGCGUUGACUUGUGCAUGAUUGAAUAA